GAGGAGGACUGACACUCCGUGUCUUCAUGGUGGGAUGCUGGGAUGAUUGUUGAUGCCCGGGCCGAGGCUGAUGAAACCUGCCAGCAUGAAACAUGGGACAUCCUCUGCUCCUCUCACGUCAUGCGAGCGAGCACAUGAAAUAACUGAUGGUCACAGUUAGAGGAGGGUUCAAAUGUACGUUCGAGUUUAUUUACUGCCCUUUUAUUUCAACCCCCCCCCCCCCCGACAUCGAAGCCCUAAUGCACGUGGCGAGGCAAUCUCGCAUCCAAUCUGGAGACCGGGCUCCAGGAGCCUGUGUGGUCUCCGGGGGGCUGACACUUGUCUCCUCCUCCUCCUCCUCCUCACUCACUCAGCCUCUCGCCUCUCUCCAUCCAUGGCGCAUCUCCAGCUCUGACUGAAUCCACUCCGGUGUUGGGUACCGGCGGCGGCAGCAGCAGCUGAUCCCUCCUCCUCCUCGUCCUCGUCCUCCUCCUCCUCACCGCCACAGAGACACAAACUUUUACAAAUGCAGCAGGGCCGAGGACUGGGGAGGGAUCCUAUCUGAUCGAGUGCGUUCAUGCGUGAAGGAUGUAGAGCCAGAGGUGGGAGCAGGAUGGAGUGCUCCUGGAAGACGGUGCUGCUGCUGGUGUGCGCGUCUCUGGGGGUCCAGUACACGGCCAUCCGCACCCUGAGGGACUCGCUGUCCGGACCCUGUCAGGGGGCGGACCGCUGCCAGACCAGACAUCACAGAGACUCCAGGUGGAGAGGCUUGUGCGACGACGGUUGGACACCCGGGGAGUCGCCUCGGAAGCACAUCCUGCUGUUCGCCACCACGCGCAGCGGCUCCUCCUUCACCGGGCAGCUCCUCAACCAGCACCCGGGGAUCUUCUACGUGUUUGAGCCGCUCUACCACGUCCAGCAGGCCUUCACGAACUCCAGCAGCAGGCUGCGUCGCACCCUGGACCGCCGGGCCCUGCUGGGAGCCUACAGGGACCUCCUCCUCAAUCUGUACACGUGCGACCUUCACUUCAUGGAGAACUACAUCCGCCCAGAGCCCCAGGACCACACCACGAGCUCCUUCUUCCGCCGAAGCUCGAGCCACGCCCUCUGUUCCCCUCCCGUGUGCUCGGAAGGAGGGGAUGUGGCGGCCUCCGAUCCACCUGAUGAAAGCUGGUGUUCUAAAAAGUGCGGCUCCCUAAACCUCACUUCAGCUUCGGUGUCAUGUCUGUCGAGAGGACACAUAGCCAUCAAGACUGUGCGGGUGCCUGAAGUGGGGGACCUGCGGACCCUCACCGAAGAUCCACGCCUGGACCUUAAGAUCAUCCACCUGGUGAGGGACCCCAGGGCCAUUCUUGCCUCGCGCAUGAUGGCGUUCUCAGAUCAGUUCCGCGCUUGGAAAAUAUGGAACGCAACCGGACGGCAACCUCGCUACGUGGACCUGUCGCAGAUCACCAGCACCUGUAAGGACAUGGCGGCCUCCGCAGAGACAGGCCUGCAGAGGCCGGCGUGGCUACGGGGACGCUACCUCCUGGUGCGGUAUGAGGACCUGGCGUCCAAGCCAAAGGACAAGGCCACUGAGAUCUACAGGUUCGCGGGGCUGGAGAUGGAGGACAGGGUGCAGACGUGGAUCGCGAAGAACACCAACAGUAACGCGUCGUCUCUGUCCGAGUGGAGCUACAGAUACUCCACCACCAGGGACUCCCGGGCGACAGCAGAGAGCUGGAGGCUCCGGCUCAGCUUCGACAUCGUGAGAACUGUGCAAAAUCUGUGUAAUGACACUCUGGCGCUGCUCGGAUACAAGCAGGUUCACUCCGCGGCCGAGCUCCGGAACCUGUCCCAUAGUUUGGUGGAACACAGGACCUUUCAACCAGUCACAUCUUGAUAGACUUGGUUCAAGGUUUCUACAGAAAUUUUGCUGAUAUUUAUUUUUUCUCUGUCGCAGUGGUUAUAAAAAAAUGAAUGUAUUUUCCCUUUUUUAAGUUUUUGUUGAGGAUUUUUAAAAGUGCCAAAUUUCAAGUGUGUGUGUGUGUGUGUGUGAUGCUGGAAAUCGUACUGUUCCAGAAUAAACGACAGUAAACUGGUGUAUGUCUUGAUUGAAAAAUGAUUGUGAUAUAGUCCGCUGUUUUUCUUUUGUUAUGAUUCAAUUCUCUCUUUAUAGGAGUUUAAACGAGACACACACACACACACACACUGAAAACACAUACUUCAAAGAGUCUUGGUAGUAUUUUGUAAAGGAGUAAAUCUGACCAUAAGCCAGACAAAACGUGUGAUGUUCCUGAAGGUGAGACGCAGGAAGCAAAGGGGAUUUAUUUGUUAAUAAAAGAAGACGUCGCAGGCUUUGCAUUCCAAAUAUCCCUAAUGCAUAUUGGGAACGGGAUUAAAAUAUCACAUGGUGUAUAGGUAAAAUAUUUGUCCUAUGGUGCAAUCUAGUGCAGAGCGGCACAAUUUUCUAUGUGAGGAUGUUUGAAAUAUAUGAGAAGAUACUGUUUAUGUAUGUGCUGUUUUCUUCUUGCUGUGAAUAUUUAAAUACUGUAAAUACUCUUAACUGUUGGAAUGCAAAUGUAAGGUGCUGGAUAUGUUUGGGCAUUUUGUCGGUGUGUGGUUCAUAUUUUUUAGACUUUUUA